UUGUAGAACUAAAUAGCCCACACGCAAAAAACGGUCUAUUGACGGUCGUGUUUCUCCGCGCUCCGUUGAAUCAACGGAUAACUGAUAAUUAUAUUAUAUAGUGCAUAUAUAAAUAGUGCAAAGUGCAAUGAAUUAAUGUGAUACUAGCUGUAGUUAGUGAAAAUGUCGGAGCGGCCCAGAUGAAAGUUGACCUCGCAGCAGAUUUUGGCAACAUACACACACACUCAAAUGUGUACCCAGAUGUUGUGUGAAAGUGAAGAAGUGUGGAAGGAAAAGAAACAAAAAGAAGAGGAUCGCGAGACUAAUUUUAAUACCCGCUCAUCAACAAUAUGCUAAAUUUAGGCAACGAUAAGGUGGCUGCCAUGGAAGAGCCUCCACCCACUAACGGCGAGGAGAGCUUCCAGCUGCUGGAAAGGAGUCCCGCGCCCACCGUCCCCCUGGAACCCCCAUUCACCACCCCACUGGCCCCCUUCGACAUGGAGCUAAUGAAACGCCACGGACUCCACGAACGAUUGGCCGCCAAGUCGGACAGUAUUUGGGGCGAAACGAAAAAGUUCAUGGAGCUCGAGCGAAAUUCUGGACAGGAUGAGCUGGGCUCAUCUCUAAGUCUGACCGAAAAAAGAGCUAGAUUUGCCGAAAGCAACGCAUCGACGCUCCAACUGCCAAACUCUGUUGAGCUCCCGGCAAAUGGAAAGAAGUCCUCUGGGGACAGGACUAAGCUAACGAAUCUCUCAACCCCUCUACUGCCAAUGACUGAGUCCGGGUUUGCGAAAGGCAAUGGAAACGGCCCCUACGAUGAUCGCGAGUGUAGUUGCCCCCGGGAGUUUUAUCAGCGAGAUGAAAUCAAUACCUCGCUGUUCUUUGACGACUGUAGCCGGUCCAUCGACUUUGUCCUGGCCUUCAGGAUCAAUGCCCACGAGCCAACGGAGGCGGAGAACACGGAGAAGCGAAGGGUAUUCGAGGCGAAUCUCAUAAGCCAGGGUCUGGAGGUGGAAUCUGUACAAAAGGACCAGAUUUGUUUUGUUAAGAUACAUGCUCCUUUGGAGGUCCUGCGACGUUAUGCGGAAAUACUUAAGCUGCGAAUGCCCAUGAAGGAGUCGUUGUGCAAUUUGCGCAUAACCGAAAGAUCGAAUCGACUCCAUAAUGCGGCUCAAUACCUGUCCAAGAAGAUUCCCGGCAUGUCGGUGGUCAAUCGUUCAACGAAAAGCAUAUUUUCUAGUCUCAAAACCAUAUGCAAGUUCUUCCUGCGAAAUAUCUAUGUAGAUGAGGACAUCUUCCCCCGACGAGCUCAUCGUUUCACCGCCAUUUACAGUCGAGAUAAGGAAUAUCUGUUCGAUAUUCGACAGGAUUGUUUUUUUACCACUGCCGUCCGUUCUCGCAUCGUUGAAUUCAUCCUGGACCGCCAGAGAUUUCCUGCCAAGAACCAGCACGACAUGGCUUUUGGCAUUGAGCGUCUCAUUGCUGAAGGUGUCUACUGUGCGGCAUAUCCCCUGCAUGAUGGUGAAAUAAUGGAGACUGGAACUAUGAGAGCGUUGCUCUACAAACACUGGGCUUCGGUCAAAAAAUGGUAUCGCUAUCAGCCUCUGGAUGACAUCAAGGAAUACUUUGGUGUUAAAAUUGGCUUGUACUUUGCCUGGCUGGGCUAUUAUACCUACAUGUUAUUGCUGGCUUCGAUAGUGGGUGUGAUUUGCUUCCUUUACUCUUGGUUCUCCCUUAAAAACUAUGUGCCUGUAAAAGACAUCUGCGUGCGUUCUAACAAGAACAUAACUAUGUGCCCUCUCUGUGAUUGGUGCAACUUCUGGGACCUGAAAGAGACCUGCAACUAUGCCAAAGUGACUUACCUCAUAGACAACCCCAGCACCGUGUUCUUUGCUGUAUUCAUGUCCUUUUGGGCCACCUUGUUUCUAGAGCUUUGGAAACGAUACUCGGCCGAGAUCACUCAUCGCUGGGAUCUGACGGGCUUCGAUGUCCACGAAGAGCAUCCGCGGCCCCAGUACUUGGCUCGCCUGGAACAUAUCCCUCCAACCAGAGUGGAUUAUGUGACGAAUACAAAGGAGCCCACUGUUCCCUUUUGGCGAAUGAAGCUGCCGGCCACGGUUUUUAGUUUUUCUGUGGUGCUACUAUUGAUUGCUUUGGCCUUUGUGGCUCUAUUGGCUGUGGUGGUGUAUCGUAUGUCCAUGUUGGCGGCUCUUAAACUAGGCGCUAGCCCCAUGACCACCUCAAGUGCUAUAGUUUUGGCCUCGGCAUCAGCUGCCUUUGUGAAUCUGUGCCUACUCUAUAUCCUGAAUUAUAUGUACAAUCAUCUGGCUGAGUACCUCACUGAACUGGAAAUGUGGCGCACUCAAACCCAGUUCGACGACUCUCUGACCCUCAAGAUAUAUCUUUUGCAGUUUGUCAACUACUAUGCCUCCAUAUUUUACAUAGCGUUUUUUAAGGGAAAAUUUGUGGGACAUCCUGGGCAGUAUAACAAACUCUUUGACUAUCGCCAGGAGGAGUGCUCCUCUGGUGGCUGUUUGACAGAGCUGUGCAUUCAGCUGGCCAUUAUAAUGGUUGGAAAGCAAGCUUUCAACACCAUUUUGGAAGUGUAUCUACCCAUGUUCUGGCGCAAGGUUUUGGCCAUUCAAGUGGGUCUAUCACGUUUGUUCAACAACACCCCGAAUCCGGAUAAGACAAAGGACGAACGAUGGAUGCGGGACUUCAAGCUGCUCGACUGGGGUCCACGGAGUCUUUUCCCGGAGUAUUUGGAGAUGGUGCUGCAGUAUGGUUUUGUGACCAUUUUUGUGGCUGCCUUUCCACUGGCUCCAUUUUUUGCACUUCUGAAUAAUAUUUUGGAAAUGCGUCUGGAUGCCAAAAAACUGUUGACCCACCACAAGCGACCAGUGUCUCAGCGUGUCCGGGAUAUUGGAGUUUGGUAUCGGAUCUUGGAUUGCAUUGGCAAGCUAAGUGUGAUUACAAACGGAUUUAUUAUUGCCUUUACAUCGGACAUGAUUCCACGAUUGGUGUACCGAAACUAUGUCUCAAAAGACGGAACCUUGAAUGGUUACCUGGACUUUACCUUAUCCGAGUUUAGAGUAUCCGAUUCACCCACCUUGAACAGCUUAGCUGGCGACCUAUCCAACAUCACUACAUGCAAAUACACGGACUUUCGAUUACCGCCUUCAUCACCGGAAAAAUACACUUUGAGCAGCAUGUUCUACAUCAUUUUGGCCUGCCGACUGGGUUUCGUGGUGAUUUUUGAGAACUUUGUGGCUUUGGUGAUGAUUCUGGUGCGUUGGUGCAUUCCAGACAUGAGUGUGGAGCUCCGUGACCAAAUCCGUCGCGAAGUCUAUGUGACCAAUGAGAUUAUCAUCGAGCAAGAGGCUCAUCGAGCUCGUUUUGAGCGCGCUAAACGAAGCAGCUCGGUGCUUCAGACUCCAGUUGAUCAGGACCUGGAUGCCGCCUCUAUUCAGGAGCCGAAUGCCAAGUUCAUAAACAUUGAAAAGUUACUGACCGAGAAUCUCACUCAGAUCGAAAUGGAUGCCAUUAUCCAUGGAGAGAACAAAACCACAGGCAUCGCAGGUGCCGAUUGCUAGGACCAAGUGCACAAAUGGCUCAGUGACUUUAGUUUUUAGUUGAAUCUUAAGUUCUAAGUCCGUUUGAACGUAAUUCAUUGUGUUAUAAAAGUUCCUUUCACUCACUAAUUAGGCCUUAGUUUUGACACAUUUAUUG